AAGGUCAACAAAGAUGGAAGCUUCCUUUAACAACAAAUGACAUUGCUAUCGAUACACUGAAUUGUGACUGAAUGCAUUGAGGUUUUAACUGCUUACAACUUAGAAUCUAGAUCUAUAGUCUAUCUAUAUCUAAUGAUCUAGACUACUGAUUAGCCCAAUAUAAGGUGCUACCAUGACGAUACUAAAGAAACCUUUGACAUGGUGCAAGACUGUCUAUUUGUACCAGAAUAGACCUUCAUUGUUGGGACUGUGGGCACGCUCCAUUUUUUGUGAAACACAUAAAUGGGAUCCCCAGCUUACUUUAGAAAAAAAAAUUGAAAUUGAAAAUUAUUGGAAGCCUAUUGUGAAAUCCUUUGAUGGUCAACAAUCAAAGCUGACAGAUUCAACUGCACAUGAAGGCAGAGAGAAAUUUUAUGCGCUGUCAAUGUUUCCAUACCCCAGUGGGAACCUUCAUUUGGGUCAUGUUCGAGUUUAUACCAUCAGUGAUGUUAUGGCAAGAUAUCAUCGCUCACUCGGAAAGUUUGUUAUUCAUCCGAUGGGAUGGGAUGCAUUUGGUCUUCCUGCAGAGAAUGCUGCUAUAGAGAGGGGAAUUAAACCAAAGGACUGGACGUACAGCAAUAUUGACAAAAUGAAGAAACAGUUGAUGGAGUUUGGUUUUAGCUUUGAUUGGAGCAGGGAAUUUGCCACUUGUGACCCUGACUAUUACAAAUGGACUCAGUUUCUAUUUUUGAAAAUGUAUGAUGCAGGACUGGCAUUUCAGAAGAAAGGUUUGGUCAACUGGGACCCAGUGGAUCAGACUGUCUUGGCUCAUGAACAGAUAGAUGACAGUGGAUGCUCUUGGCGGUCUGGGGCCAAAGUGGAGAAGAAAUAUCUGAAACAAUGGUUUCUUAGAGACACAACAUUUUCAGAGUCCUUACUCCAAGGUUUGCAAGAAGUUGAUCCUGCCCUAUGGAGAGAUGUCAUUGAUAUACAGAGAAACUGGAUCUCAUCCUGUACAGGACAUCGUAUUGACUUUACUGUUCAACUUGAGUCUAGAGAAAAAGAAGAGCUACCUUUGUCAGUUUACACUGAAACUCUGGAACUGAUCUAUGGAGUCUCUCAUCUAUGUGUGAAGUCAUCCAAUCAUUUGUGUGUUGACCUCAACAUUACAACUCCCGGGGCUGUAUUGCCUGCAUACGCUAUUCAUCCACUCACUGGAGAACAUUUAAAGUUAGUUGUAACUGAGGAUCACUUAAUGUACCCCAAUAGAGAUGUCAAGUUAGCUAUCCCAUGUAUCAGUGAAUCGGAUAAAGCAACAGCUGAUAGGCUUCAGCUGCCUUAUAGAAAUGUACUGGACACAUCAAACAAUGUUCUGAUUGACUCCAAGGAGCUGAAUGGGCUGCCUCGUCACGAAGCUGUAGAAAUAGUGCGCAAGAAAGCAAAGGACCUUGGCAUUGGUGGAGAGAGGAUAAGUGAGCAACUUCAUGAUUGGUUGAUUUCUAGACAGAGAUAUUGGGGCACGCCCAUUCCCAUGAUUCACUGUGGUACAUGUGGUACUGUCCCAGUUCCCUACAAGGAUUUGCCUGUAACUUUACCUGAUAGUGAUGAAUUGAUUUCAAAAGGUGGUCAGUCUCCUUUGGCGAUGAAUAAAGACUGGUUGAAUGUGCCUUGUCCAAGGUGUGGAUCUCCGGCACAGAGAGAGACAGAUACCAUGGACACAUUUGUUGACUCAUCAUGGUACUUCCUGCGCUACCUUGACCCCAAUAAUGACAACUUGCCCUUUGACCCAGCUGUGGUCAACAAAUAUAUGCCAGUGGAUCUCUAUGUGGGGGGUAAAGAACAUGCUCUACUGCAUCUUUACUUUGCCAGAUUUUUUAGCCACUUCUUGCAUUCUAUUGGCAUGUUGUCAAGCAAGGAACCUUUCAAAAAUCUUCUGACUCAAGGAAUGGUGAAAAGUGAGAGCUACAGAGUCUCAAAAACUGGCAAAUAUAUUCCAAAAGAUCUAGUAGAUUUCUCUGGUCAAAGUCCUGUUGAGAAAUCCACAGGUGAAGGACUCGUAGUCGAGUUUGAAAAAAUGAGUAAAAGUAAAUACAAUGGUGUGAACCCUGAGGAUGUUCUGUCUGAGUACGGGGUUGACUCGACACGACUGUGUAUUCUUUCCAACGUUUCACCUCAGUCAGAAAGAAAUUGGUCUGAAAUAGUCUACAAAGGUGUUAUCAACUGGCAAAACAAAAUUUGGACCUUAGUAACCAAUAUCCGAAAGUAUCAUGAGACAAACUCGAGUAGCCGGCAAGAAGGAAACAUGACUGAGAAAGAUUUAACAGAUUGGGAAAAACAAAUAGAUGAAACACGCAAUCAUAUCAUUAAUAAAGUAACCCAUGAGUUUGACAAUACAUUUCAUAUAAAUGCAGCCAUCUCAAGACUUCAUACUUAUGUCUCCUGGUUGGGGAAAGUUCCUGCAGGAGCUCAAGGAACAAAGGCUUACGAAAGAGCAUUGGGUGACCUCAUUGUAAUGAUUGGGGUGAUGGCCCCUCACUUUGCUUCAGAACUAUGGACAGGCCUAGCAGAUGUUGCCACCUUUCAAACACAUGACUGGAAAUCAAGUGUUUUAAAUCAACCUUGGCCAAAAUUGGACCAAGAUUUUUUAAUGCCUUUAACCUACUCGGUUAAUAAUGUGGCCAUUGCAGACAUAGGCGUAGCUUACAAAGACUUAAGCAGCCUAACCACUGAGCUAGCCAUGGAUCUUGUUAUGAAGGACAGUACCUUCAUUGACCAGUUCUCUCAGUAUACUGUCCAAAAAUACUCCUUCUUUCAUGACAAACACAAGGCUUCAUUGAAACUCACCAUCCCUGAAUACAAGUUCCCGAUUGCUUCAGAGACAACAGCGCAGUUAAGAAAACAAGAGAAGAAACUGAGCAAACAGAAAAAAAAGUUGUAUUCUAUAUAACAAGGGAUAAGUGCAUAUAUGAACUAGAGACAAAACAAGACUUCUUGAACAGACUUCAGAGCAGACUUCUUGAAGAGACUUCAGAGCAGACUUCAGAGACUUCAUUCAAAGAAGUCGUCUAGUCCAAUAGAGACUUGUUAUAAACAAGGAACAAAACUUUAAAGUACAGCAGAAAGUUUAGAUAGAUCAGGUGGCCAAAGCCUUGCAUAAAGUGUUACCAGGCUUGUGUUGUUCAAACCCUUUAAAACUGAAAAGAAUUGAUUUAAGUGUUCAAGGGACACUGCGUUUUUAAUGUUUUUUUGUCAUGAGUUGAUAGCUUAAGGCACGAUUAAUGUAAUUGAUAGCUCACAAUAUUUAUGUAAUGAGUUUGUAUCUCUGUAACACAGUAUGUAGUCAGUGGGAUUACUUACCAUAAUCGUGAGCUUUCAACUUCUGCCAUUGUACAUUUCUUAUAAAAAAUUCAUUACUGUCAUCCUCUCAUUAAAUAGAUUAGUCCAAAGGCAUGUCAGCUGAUGUAUGGUCUU